UUCAGCCCACGUGUGGGCCACAGGCGCAUGUCGGGUCUCCGCAGGUGUCCUCUUGUCAGGUCCCGGGGUGUGUGGGUCCCGGCGCGUCCCCGCCCUUUCGGCCAUGGGGGUCCCCAAAAGGAAGGCUGCGGGCGGCCGGGAAGGUGGAGUUACCCCUGCGGGCGCAGCCAAGCGAGCCCGCACCGAAGAGCUCACGGGCGUGCGCUUCAAGACUCAGCUGAGAGACGCGCAGGCUGCGGGGCCGGCCUUGGAAGCAUUUGUUUCUGCUGCCAAGAAGCUACCUCGAGAGGAUGUGUACGAUGUCGUGGAGGGAUACAUCAAAAUUUCUGUCGAGUGUGCCGAGAUUUUCCAGCUUCUGAGUGGGGAGAAGCGCCCUGAAAGUGAGAUGCUAUUAAUAUUUCAAGUUUUUGAGGCUAUAUUAUUGCGGACGGCCAGUGAUCUCUCCCAUUUUCACGUGGUGGGAACCAACAUCGUGAAAAAGCUCAUGAAUAACCACAUGAAGCUCCUCUGCGAGUCCCUGUAUGCCUCGGGUUACAAGAUGGCUCGCGCCUGCCUGAACCUUAUGGCCGCCAUGGUGACCCAGGGUCCCGAGGCCGCCAGGGACGUCUGCAGCCACUUUGAUCUGAAUAAAAAGACCUUGUACACCCUGGCGACCAAGAGGGAUUCAAAGGGAGUGCAUGACGUCCGGCUGGCCUACAUUCAGUUCGCCCUUUCCUUCCUGAUCGCCGGGGACGACAGCACGAUUGCGCAGGUGCUGGAGUUGAAAGAGUUUCUCCCUUGCAUUUUUAGCUCAGGCAUAAAGGAAGAUAGGAUUUCUACCAUCAAUAUUUUGUUAUCCACACUGAAAACAAAGGUGGUUCACAAUAAAAAUAUCACAAAAACCCAGAAGGUACGCUUCUUUACCGGGCAAGUGCUGACCCACAUAGCGUCUCUCUACAACUGGAAGGGGAUUGUCGACGUGAGCCCGGAGCAUGUCGAGGCCUCUGCUGAAGACGCAGGGAAGACCAUGGUGAGGGAGCUGGUUCACAACUUCCUGAUGGACCUCUGCUGUUCGCUCAAGCAUGGGAUUAAUUUUUACGACGCGUCUCUCGGUACUGUGGGCAGAGGAGGAAACCUGACUCUCCUGCACUUCCUGUUGGGUUUGAAAACUGCAGCAGAUGACGAGCUGGUCGCCGAACUCGUGGUGAACAUCCUGAAAGUGUGCCCGGACCUCCUGAACAAGUAUUUUAAGGAAGUGACGUUUUCCUUUCUCCCAAGGGUGAAGUCCACCUGGUCAAACAAUAUCAAACUGCUCAACAAGAUCUAUGCCGCCCAGCCGGACAUCUCCCGGGCCUUUCAGACCAGAGAGUUCAUCCCCUUGCCACGGCUCCUGGCGAUGGUGAUGGUGACCACCGCGCCCCUGGUGUGCAGUAAGAUCAUGUUCACCCAGGCCUUGAACUUGGACAGCAAAUCAGUGAAACACACAGCUCUGUCCCUCAUUUCCGUCAUUCUGAAGAGAGCCCUGAAGACAAUUGACUACUGCCUGAAUAAAGAGGCCUGGCAGGAGUCGAGCGUGUACACGGCUGCUGCGAUGGAGGACUUCGUGCGGCUCUUCAGAGAGGCCCUGAGCAAGAUUUUACCCGACCUGAACGCUGUCGUGUGGGUCUGGCAGUCGCUCCGAAAGCAGGAGACGGAACAGGAUGACGAGAAAGGGAAGAAAAAAGGCAGCAGGACUCCUGCCUGCGUGGCUCCCCAGAGCGAUGAUGCCGAAACCAUUCUCCUGAAAGCUGCUCUGCUCCAGGUCAUCUGCCUCUACCAGCAGGUGGUCCCGCACGUGGUUAUGCAGUACAACUUCGACUUCAGCAAGCUCCUGAAAGGUGUCAUCUCUGAGGAGGGCCUUCGCCAGGAGGCGCCACCCAUCCUGCAGCACCACAUCCUGAAGGUGGCACUGGAACUGCCUGCCAGCAAGUUUCUGUGGUUAAAGGCCCAGGAAGGCCCAGAUGCGGAAAUCAUUGGCGGAAAACGGUCCGUGUUUUACUUACUGAUGAAAAUGUUUGUGACCAGCAGCCACUUGCACCUCAAAUCAUCAACCAAACUUCUGAUCGUGAAGAUCCUACGGGACACGGGCGUGUUUGAGCACACCUGGCAGGAGCUGGACCUGUGGCUGGAGCACUUGGAUGACACGGCGGAGGAGAACAAGGAGGCCGUGAUUCAGUUCUUGGAGCGAGUGCUUCUGACAUUGGUGGCAAAUCCCUAUUCGUACACGGACAAAGCCUCUGACUUUGUCCAGGAAGCCAGCACCCUGCAGGCCACCACGACAAAACAGGACGCCGAUGACGUCAGCAUUCCCAUCUCCCACAUUGACGAUGUUCUCGACAUGGUGGACGUCCUGGUGGAGGGCAGCGAAGGCUUGGAUGAGGAGAUCGGAGUCUCCCUGAGUGAAGACAUGGUCCUGCUCACGUUCCCGUUCAGUGCGGUGGUCCCCGCAGCCCUGGAAGCCAGGAAUAAGUUGCUCCUUGGGGCCGAAAAUGAAGCAGGCGAAGGCGUCGUGGCGUACCUGACAGGCGUGCUGACGGACCUCCUCCACACCCAGAGAGACCCGCUGGCCCUCUGUCUUCUGCUUCAGUCUUACGACAAGUUGGAGCCUCCGGUCCCGCCUUGCUGCUGUCAGCUGGCCCAGUUCAACAGAUACUACAGCCUCUGGAUCCCGGAGCCAGCCCGAGAGGCCCUGCCACUGCAGACGUCGGGCAGCCCAGCAACCCCAGUGUCCCCGGCCCCCUCCUUCUCCACCCUGCUGCAGACGGCCUACAUGGGCCAGGGCGCGCUCCCGCUUCUGGACGAGGGGGUUCAGGCGCAGCUGCAGGCCGCCCUCCCGCGCCUCCCGAUGCACCAGGCCCUGCGCUCAGCCAAGCACCUGCUGCUAUACGUCCGGAGCACCGUGGAGAACUUCGGCCAGCUGGGUAGGAGUACAGGGCCUCGCCUGCUGCAGCUCCUCCUGGACCUCCUCAGGCACCUGCUCGUCCACUGUGAGCAGCUGGACGCCCAGAACCAGCAGCAGUGCCAGGCUGCCCAGGCCGAAUCCGACCUCUUUUUGGAUAUGGAGUCCGUGGCCUCGUGGGAUCUGGCCAAUGACAAGACCCUGGAGCAGGUGCUCGUGGCCAUCCUCAGACAUCCCACGCUGGAGGCCUGGUUCCUGGCCCUGGAGCAGCAGGCCCUCCCUCCGCACACCCUCAGCCCCAUCCUCGUGAGGCUCCUGGCGGCCCAUCUCAGCUCGGGGGUCCUGCCGCUGCUGGUGGCGAGUGCCCCCAUCCUCCGGAGCAUCGGUCAGCUGGGCCUCCUGGCCAGGUACUCAGAAGCCAUCACCCAGAGCGUGCUCAGAGAGCUGCGGAACCGGAGGGCCGGCUCGGCCACACCGCCACCAAAGACCCUUCCCCAGCUGGAAGCCUUGCAGGCGCUGCAUCCGUACAUGGAGGGCACCCAGCUCCGGGAGGUUACCCUGGCUCUGCUGAGCCUGCCUGAGGCCCACCUCGUAACCCAGCGGCCCACCAAGUCCCCCAAGAAGGAGAGGCACCUGAGCGCUCUUGGGAAAACCCUGGUCCAGCUGCUGACCAGCAGCCCUGAGGAUCAGCUGCAGAGUGGCCAGCUCCUCUGGGCCUCUGAGUACAUGAGAAGCCUGGGCGCUCUGCUGCCCACGCUGGCCGUGGAUGAGCUGGACGCCGUGCUCCUCCACGCGCUGCAGAGAGAGCCCGCGCUGGCCCCCGUGCUCAGGGUCGACCUGCUGGACUACUGCCUGGCCCGGCAGACGCGGGCGGCCCUGGACACCGUGGCGCUGCUCCUGCAGCACAGCUGUCCCCACCUGCUGUGGUUUGAGAGCUGGUGCAGGCGGGCCGGCUCGGGGCCCUGCCUGCAGGAGGCCCUGGACGACUUCCUGCCCCUCAUCCGUGUGUACUUUCAGUGCAGGACUCAGGGACUCUUCACGCGCCCCGCAGGAGUGUCCUCGGCUGUCAUUCCUGUCCUGAGGAAGGCCCUGUGGAGGCCGCUGCAGACCAGGCUUCUCAGGGCUGAUGGGCCCCCAGAGUCAGGGCUGCAUCAGGAGAUCCUGGCCCAGCUGGUCCCAUUUGCAAGAGCCAAGGGCCUCCAUGUCCUCAUGGACCGCUUGCCCGGCUUGCUCCAGGCUCCAGACUGUCACAAGAGCUGGGUCGUGGCCGACGCCAUCUCGGCCGUUCUGGAAGGGUCGGCAGAAGAGCUGCGUGCCUGGAAGAAGACUCUGCUUGAGGUUUGUGUACAGUGGCUGGUGGCGUCCUUCGGUGGCAGCCAGCACGACGAUGGUACCCAGGACCAAGAGAAGCAGAUGCUGCUGAGAUUAAACGAACUGUUGAAUUCACUUAAUGAAGUUGAUCCUGGUGCCUGGCAGAAAUUUGUGAAGACUGGACUCAAAUUUCGGUAUCAGGACUGUGCAUUUUUAAAGGCCCUCUGUGCCGCUGUGGAGCGCCUGUAUCUCCCGGAAAGCUCCGUGCGCCCGCAGCUCACCCAGCUCCGAGUAAUGCACAUGAUGCUCACGCAGCACUCCCUGUUCCUGCCGACUCUGCUGAGGACCGGCGAGGAGGGCAGCCCCGACAGUCCCGUGAGAGAAGCGCUGGUGGACCUGAUGUCCUUGCUGGUGAGGCUGUGCCCCUCUGUCUGCGAGAACAGCCACUUCGCGGUGCUCCUCGGGGCCUAUGGCGCCUCGCUCAGCGUCCUGGACCAGAAGAUUUUACUUCUCCUCCGGGCGUAUGAACAGAACAACCUCAGCCUCAUCAACUUCAGGGUGCUGCUGUGGGGCCCCGCGGCCGUGGAGCAUCACAAGACGUGCCGGAGCCUGGGCACGUCGCUGUGGAAGCAGCCGAGCGUCGGGGACAUCCUCCGCCUGCUGGACCGGGACCGCGUGAUGAGGACCGUCCUCCACUUCCCCCAGAAGCGGAGGCUGCUGCCCCCCGAGGACGCACAGGAACCCAUUUUCAAAGACAGGAGCACAGUGGAUCUCAGUGACCUCUACGACCCCUGUUUUCUCCUUCAUCUCUUCAGUGAAUUGACCAGGCCAGAAUUUGUGGUGGAUUGUCGAAAAUUUGUGGAUUCAAAUGCCCUGGGCCUAACGGUCACGGCCCUCAGCAGCUACGACCCCCAGAUGCGUGCCGCGGCCUACUCCAUCCUGGCGGCCUACUACUCCCACGUGGAGGGGGCGCGGUUCCGGGAGCAGUCCCAGGUGCUGUACCUGCUGGACGUGGUCCGGAACGGGAUCCGAACUCCGAACAUGAGACUCACCUUCACCUUGACUCUCUUCAUUGCCAAGGCAGCCUUGCAGAUUUUGAAACCAGAGGAGCACAUGUACUUGAAGGUGAACAAGUUCCUGCUGUCCCACGAGAACCUGAACAUGAACAAGGUUCCAGGCUUCUACCAGUUCUUCUACAGCUCGGACUUCGAGCAAAAGACGGAACAGGAGUGGGUGUUUGGGAUUCUGCGCCAGGGGAUGCGGGACAAGCACUGUUACGAGCUCUGCGCCAAGCGGGGCGUCCUCCACGUCGUCCUGUCCUUCUUCAGCAGCCCGCUGUGCGACGACACGGCCAGGAAUUGGAUUUUGGAAAUUCUGCAGAGUGCCGCCCGGGAUGCCAAAUCUGCCUAUGAGAUCCUGCGGGACUACAGCCUCUUAACGUGGAUUCUGCACAUCCUCGAGAGCAAGUUUCUGGAGACUCAGCUGCUCUGCAACGUCAUCUCCCUGCUGCACACGCUGUGGGUGACCAACCUGGGGGACAAAGGAGAGGAGGUGGGGGAGCAGCCUCCUUGCACGCUUGGGUCCCAGGAGCCCCCGAAGCUGCUGGCCCUGCACAUGGUCAACGAGUUCCUCUACGUUCUCCUUGCACUUACGAAGCACCUGAGGCCCACCCUGGCCUCGGCCCAGCUGGCCGACUUCUUCGGGGCGCUGGACUCCGUGCUGAGGUACCGGGCCACCGUUCUGCAGGCCUUCAAGGCCAUGAACCGCUUCACCGUGAACGAGACCGUGCUGUCCACCAGGGAUGUCCUCGUCCUCCUGCACAAGUGGAGCCUCAUCGAGAAGGAUGUCCGGCUCCAGGAGGACCUGAGAGCUACCGCGGAGAAGCACCAAGUCAGGGAGCUGCUGAAAAUGCUCAAGGAGAAGAACAAGCCCGUCGUGCCAGCCCGGGCCAAAGGCCCCCGGGGCCGGAAGAGGAGGCCCGGCGAGGCGGAGGAGGCAGCCGACCCCGAGCUGCCGGCGUCCACCUUGGAAGCGUGCAAGGGCCACGUGCGCUCCAUCCUAACCCACUGGGGCCCGGCCUUCCCCGGCCCGGGAUCCGAGAGCGAGGCCGCGGGCCCCGUGUGCGCCAUCACCUCCCUGGUGGCCGGCUGGCUGCUGCGCGCGGCGGCCCAGAGCCCGCCCAGCGGAGCCGAGACCGCGGGCCUCCUGCGCUGGCUGCGGAGCCACGUGCUGCCGCGGCCGGCCGUCGCGGGCCACCUCCUCGGGGAUGGCGCCGUGCAGAGCGGCCUCUUCAGGCUGUACAGCAGGCUGGGCGGCGCCCAGGGGCCGGCGGGGCCCGAGCAGAGCGUGGCCUGCCUGUUCAACGAGGUCAUGCUGCAGCUGGUGGCCGCCCGGGGCCCUGCGGGGACCCCCCUGCAGCUGGCGGUGGAGGCCCUGCACCACUCUUCUCUGCACGAGGAGGAUGAGGCUGAGCGAGCCACCGCUGCAUUCCUGGUGUCGCUGUACAUUAAGGACAUCUGGCUGGGGGCCCAGCGCCCUGAGAGCCUCUUGACCCACGUCCGGAUGGUCCUCGAUGCCACAGAGGACCGGCAGGCUGGUGACGAGGAGCCCAUCGUCAGGCUCUGCAGGGACCUCACCGCGGCCGCCCCCGACGCUUGACCCCCUGCCAGCCUGCGCCUCUGGCUCCAGGUUGUAGGAGUUGGGUUGAGUCACGGAGGCUCUGCGAGAUGAUGAGCUCUGUGUAUUGACUGGGUGUCCUGACCAGAAAAGUCGGCUCAAGGGACCGCGUGUGAGAAGUGGCCAGAGUUACAGUGGGUUGGGGACCUUCGAGCCCUGAGCCCCGCUCAGGGAAGACCCUUCCUCUUAGAGGUUCACUGUUCCUCAGAAAAAUACCUCAAAUUGAGGUAGCACUUCUGAGCACUUAAGGGAUUCAUGGAUAUUAAAGCUGCAGUGUUGAAAAAUCUAUCAGAGAUGUUUCAGGUUUUCUUUUUAUAAGAAGUCCUAGCUCAGCUUCAUGUAACUUUUUAAAGAAAUAAGCCCUGCCAGUAUUGUGUUAAUUAUUUUCUUAAAUAAAAGGAUGCUAACACUGAAUCCUUAAAGUAUAAAACUGAUUUGACUUCUGCUUUGGAAAGACAGCCUGUAUUUUCUAAAAUUGUGUUUCAGAAAGGGGAUUGUAAAUUUCAUAACUCAUUAAUAAAUGUCUAUUUUUCUUA